CUUACUUCCUGCGUCUCAAGGGCGUGUGUCAACUCAUUGUCGAGUAGAACCUUGCCUUUGUUCCUCUUUGGCGGGGGAGUCGGUGAAGUGCGCGUAUGCAGUGUUGCUCACUGGCAUAUGCACCGCGGCUCUCGUACACCGGGUACGCAAUUUGGGAAUAUUGUCCUCCGAUCGAACCUCUCUCACGAACUCUUCGCUCGCAACACCCAAUACGCGCCGCUUUCGAGUAUAAGAACCAGUCGCGAAGUUCUUACAUCUCUCGAACGCUCCCCGGCCACUGGCAUGGCGUCCUCAUCAGCUCAGCCCGCUCCCGUCUCUCUGGCCCAGCGUGUUGCGCUGGCAUGCACCCGCUGCCGCAAGCGGAAAAUUCGGUGCAUCACCCCGAACGCAAACACACCUUGCCAGAGAUGCGAGAGGAGCAGCCUGACCUGCGAAUACGUCCCAAUCGAGUCUAACCCGCGGCCGAUCCGUUGGCAGCCGCCAACCACUCCGGAAGAUUAUCCUGCCAGCGACGCACAACGCCACAGCAUGGCUGGGUUGGCGCCAAUCCCACGACAGACAGCGCAGGCGGCCGGAUCUGGACGUCCGCAGAUCUCUGCACGUGAUGGUGACAUGCAGCAGCUCCUUGCGGCACAAGGAUCGUCUCAGGCUGUACCCGAUCCGGCACACCAGACCGACACAUACCAUCCAUAUCCGAACUACACUGGAUACACAAUGCCCACAGGCUACAUGGCGGAGAAUUUUAAUGGCAAUGUGCAAUAUAGCGUGCCCGGGUAUUACGGGAUGCCGAUACCCCAGGAGGUUUUCUUCCAAGACCCACGACGCGAUUUCCAAGGAGGAGCUGGUGCAACUGAGGACCAGAGUGCGCAAUAUCCGUAUGCUGCACAGGAUUAUUACGACUUGACUAGAGGAGGAUACUACAAUCACAUGCCUUAAGGGACGAGUAUCGGUCGGUCAUCCGAUGACGAGUAUUUAUGUCUGCAGAGACGUAAUUUUGUAUUUUUAUUAGACAUGUAUCCUACCGAGAGAUGUAAUCACUUAUAUAUUUU